AAAGGCCAUACUCUGCGUCUCGGCUGCGUAACUAUAACUUACUGCGCAGGCCCGCGCGGAUCAACCGCGCGUUUCGCGCUUUUGCAGUACGUGCGGAUUCGCGGUUUGGAGAUCCAUCAUGGCGUUUCGAUUUCUUCGCAUGCAUAUACUCGAAUUUUAAUAUUCCAAUUGCACUUGCUCGGCUGUGGAGUACAGCUAUUUAUAGAACGUCCUAACGGGAUUACGAACGCCCUGCGGGCCCUGCGUGUGCGCGAGCGGCGGUGGUUUGAAAGCGUUUCGCGACUCCGCGUUUCACUGGUUUCACGUGAUUCGCCGACUUCGGGAGGUAACUCGCGCACUGCGCAUGUUCGUCGUCACGAUCUUCGUCCUCCGUAAUUAAACUCCUGCAUGAUUCUCAACGGUUCAUCGCCUAAAUAAGUUUGUUGAUUCGCUACUGGCGUAAUUUGCGCCGCGCUCGGGCUCGAUGAUUCUUGGCACACCGCGGCUCGAUUUCGUCGUAGCAAUUAAUAAUUUUGCACUUGCGAUCGUCGUGCCGGCGUGGGGGAAUAUUAUGAUUGAACGCGCCGCGCCGCACAGAGCGUGUUUACAUGCCUAACGACAGCGUGAUUAGCAGCAUGAUAUACGCAUAUACGCGAACGUCCUAACGGCACACGCCCGGUAGUUUUAAUUCGAGGUGAACUCGACUCCGGGAGCAGAAUGACGCUUGUGCAUCGAGAAGCGCCGCUUUCGAAUCGCCGCUCGCCCGUGAUUUGAGGAUCGACGAUCGAUCGGAGCACCCGUCACUUGAAUGGGCAACUCCAACGUCAAGAGGAGCUACCGUAAUCAGCAGAGGUAUGACAGUCAGUACAGCCUCAGCGACUUGCUUGGUGGGAGCUGCAUCAGCAAUGGGACAGCGCAGGCUUCCAACGAGGAGGGGAGAUCGUGGUCCCGCACUUCUUACAGAAGUUGGACCAAAGGCGCCACGCAGGAUAUUCACGGAUCUUCCAAAACGGUAUGGCCGAUUCUACGCUCUCAGUCGAUGUUCCUGCCAGAAUUUCCAGUCAAGGAGAUACCUCUGAAGACGGGAUACGUCUUCUUGGAUGUGAUAGCCAAGGGCGCUUACGGCAAAGUAUACAAGGUGCAAAAGCAAGAAACUAGUCAGGUGUUUGCACUGAAGGUGAUUAGCAAAGCCAUGAUCGUGGAAGAGAAUUGCGUCAGGCAGGCUAAGGAGGAGGCAGCGAUACUGAGAAUGGUUGGGCAUCACCCCUUCAUAGUAAAUUCCGUCCACAGGUGGCAAGGCAGGAAGACGUUGUACAUACUGAUGAACUACAUCUCCGGGGGAGAAUUAUUUUCACUAGUCGACGUGUACGGCUGUUUGCCUGAAAAAGUAGUUAGGAUAUACGUAGCCGAAAUUGCCUUAGCUAUAGAUUUUCUACACAAUGUUGGUGUAGUACACAGAGAUCUGAAAACAACCAAUAUUCUACUCGAUGAGGAGGGCCAUGCUGUGAUUAUCGACUUUGGUCUGGCCAAAUGGCUGCAUCGCACAGAGCGAACGAAUACAUUCUGCGGAACGCCCCAAUAUAUGGCACCGGAAAUCCUAAAGAAGGAAUAUUAUGGACAGGAGGUCGAUUGGUGGUCUCUGGGUGUGUUGGCCUGCGUUUUACUCACGAAUGAGUAUCCAUCCAUCUUGCCGUCGGAACUUCUGCCUGCCGACAGGAUCGCCCGGGACGAUCUGAAUUGCGCGAAUGUACCGGGAAUCUUACCGGCGAAUGCGGACAUUUCACCAGCGGCGAGGGAUCUUCUGAAGCGGCUCUUGCAGCCGGACCCCUGUCUAAGACUCCGAACUCUUCUCAGCCUUCAGAGGAUCGCCUUUUACAUGGGCUGCGACAUCCAAAGUUAUAUGCUGAAAAAGGAGUCGCCAUUUCGGAUUUUAGGCAUGAAAAAUCGACGAGAAAUGCAGCAACAAAGGGGUCGUUUCGAUAAAGAAUUUUCUAAUUUUGAAUGUUUUCCUGGAGAUAGUACUACGCGUACAAGUCAUCAAUGAUCUCAUGUAUAUAUAUAUAUAAUAUGUACUUCUCUAAUUAUAUACACACACACACACACACACACGCAUACGCUUUGGGAUGAAAAGCGCACACAAGCAGAAUUAUUUUUGAUAUUCGCAAAGAAUUUCUUACACGAAAUAUAAUUGAAUAUUUAAAAUGACAUAUUGAGCUUUUUAUAAUCGGCUUAAUGAAUCGUAUUAUAGGAUAGAAUAUUUCCAACGAAAGAGAAUUAAAAUUCAAUUCAGUACAUUUCUCAUAUAUAUAUAUAUAUAUAUAAUGAAAUCAAAUGAUAUGUUGAAUAUAUAUCGAGUUUGACGAAGAGUUUUGGCAUUUUCUUUGAGCCUUGUAGAUUUUUAAGUCCAUCUAUUUUCCCGAAUAAUCCCUCCUUAUUAGAUUAAAUACCUGGCCUAUUGCAGAUGAAAAUAUUAUUACUAAUUUGAGCAAUCAACAAUAUACUUUAGUUUGUACAUGUACAUUUCCAUGUGUGCGAUGUACGUGCACGUAUGGAUGUGUAAAUUCGGUGUAGCGCGUCUCAAGCAUCUGAAGAGUCAUUCAAGUAUCUGAAAAAGGAACCGACAAAUAAAGUGGAGUCUUCGCCAAGCAUUUGGUUCUCAGUUUACAAAAGUUUUAAUUUUUUUAAGAAUAGUUAACAGUAUUUUUGUUUGUUACAGUAUCUCGUCGAUAAUACAAUAAAUUGCGAUAAUCGUAGUGCGUACAAACUAACAACGAAACAAAAAUGGAUCUGGAUCAGAAACGCAUCUUUCGAAAUGAAUGUGAGAACAACGUGCUGUCUUUCUCUCUUUUUUUUUAUACAUAUAUAUAAAUACAUAUAUUUAUAUAAAUUUAUAUAUAUAUAUAUAAAUUCGUGAAUUUCUCCAUUUCUUUUUCUACCUCCGGUUCUCAGUGCGUCUUGAUUCCUUUUCAUUGGAUCAAAGGGGCAGCUUCUCUCGAGAGAGAGUGCAAUUAAUCCAAAUUUAUCGUGUGUAAUAAUCAAUAUAUAUAUAUACAUCAUUAUUCUUACAUAUAGAGGAUCUUUCGGUUUCGAUAUAUAAUACAAUUUUUUUCCAAAUUACGUCCCGUGCAACGCGUCAGCGGUCGAUCACUGGCCGAAAUGUUCUGAACCCGAGCGAUGCUAAAUAUCGACGGACGAACCGAAUGUGUGUGUGUAUGUAUGUGUGUGUAUGUGUGGAAAGAAAAGCACGCUUCGCGCGUGCGAGAACGCGUGCAGUGCUUGUUUCUUAAAAACAAUGCGAACGUAAAACGUUAAACGAUGCGGCGGCGAACGCGAGGCGCGAAUAGUUACAUCGCUAGUCGUUUCGCUAGCGCAAAAUAAUUAUUCAAGCGCCUCUGCUUUUGCGCAUUGCUUUUAAAAAAAGAAAACGUCUCUCUCUCUGUCUGUCCCUAGACUAACCGACCUCUUUAAUCGAUUAAUUCUCGCGUCCGCGGGGCGAAACGUGCGAUAAUAAAAAAGAUUGUAGGGAGAUCAUUUUUCAUCCUCCAUGGAGGCGGAGUCGCGCACACCUUGCCCGUUGCACGGCAAAAUUCCGAAAAAAAAAAACGAUGAUUACACCGCGUUACGGUACAAUCGCGACAAAAGAAGCCGGGAUAUUUCUACCGAGAUCGCGCGGCGAAAUGCAAAAUUGCGCUCUCGAGUGAUCGCGCGCCAACGGAACUCCCGAACGCUGCACCUCCGAUCAAGGAUCGCCGCGAAGUCCUUCUACCGUUUCGCGCAAACGGAACGAAAUACGAAUUACGUCUAACCGUAAUCGCCUUAAACCUCGCGUGACGUGGAGUCAUUUUGGUAAAAAUCUCUAAGCUUUCACGCUCUUCUUACGCCGGACACUCGGGACUAAUUGAUUCGUCUUCCCUGCAGCUCACGCGGAUACUCCUGACAAUUCGCGCGUUUUUUUCCGUGAUAGAUCCCCGAGUCCAAGCGAAGGAUCUUCACGUGCGACGAGUAUCCCGCGCGAAAGUGCAUGCCCCAAGCCUAUUUUCGCGGUCGCGAAACCGGAGGCUCCUCAGCGUCGCGGAAAGGGGUUGCGAGAACUGGAGAACCACCGGUGGUUCGGCACCGUCCCGCACCUAAUGCUCUCUCCCUCACGCGCUUCUCUCCUCUCACCCUUAAAUUACUAAGAUUCCUUAUUAUUGUUACUGUCGUUACAAUGUCUCGCUAAUGCUAUGAUACAAGUGGACGUUCGUCCGUCCGUUUUCACGGUUCACGACAAAUUUACUUCCCGUUGUCUUCUUCCCUUCGUUCUUCGUUCUUUUUACAGCUCGACUCCACGACGGACGUUACUCACCGCACUACGGAGAUCCGUUAUUCUGCAAACCGCGAGAUAGCUCCUUAGCUUUGUUUCUCACUGGAAACAUCACGAGAGAUUUGUAUUUUCUUAUAGAUGGAAUAUUUCAUUCUUUUCGUUUAAGGGAAAAGUGUCAAAAGGUCCGUCCGGGAUUUUACAGAAUCGUCUGAAGGAUGUGGAAAAUUAAUCUCAACGCGCUCUCGGAUUCGUUUUGCAGAAUAAACGGUACGUCGCAUGUGCGCGGUGCGCGAGAGGAACGGUUCGGACGCGCGUCGUUGAGCAGGAUGCGAACGAGAGAGAGAGAAAGAGAGAGAGAGAGAAUGUGCUAAACGUGGACGAUAAUAUCAUUGCAUGCAGAUGGGAUGACGAUAUAUGAAAUAACUACCGGGGGUCGAUGGUUCGCGACGCGCGUCCAUGCCGUUCCGCGCCGUCGAUCGGCCGAUCGUCUCGUUGUUCAAUCGUUCGGCAAUGCGAUUGCAACGGAGACUCGCACAUUAAUUUCAUCCCCCUCGCCUCCGUCACGAUGCGCGGCCAGAGAAAGUCCAACAAUUGU